AUGUCGCCUCAAUCACAGCCUCCAGAACUCGACCCACAAGACAAAGCCUCUUUAUUGAUAUUCCGCGUAUCGAUUUACGACCCGAAUCGGACCUUAUCGACAUGGUACGGCUCAACAUGUUCUAACUGGACAGGUCUAUCUUGUCAGAACCCGACCGGAAAAGUUCUCUCCCUCACUUUAUCCAAUACGAAUUUGUCCGGUCAGAUUCACCCAUCACUCUGUAAGCUCACAUCUCUUCAAAGCUUGGACCUUUCUUGGAACAAUUUAUCUGGAAACAUCCCUUCUUGCGUAGGUGCGUUGCGUAAUCUUAGGACACUCAAUCUUAGUCGGAAUAGUUUAGUCGGUGCGAUUCCCGGAACAUUUGUUAAUCUUAAGGAGCUUAGAGAAGUCGUUCUAAGAGAGAACAGAGAUUUAGGUGGAUUGAUUCCUCACUGGCUUGGAGAUUUGAUGAAUCUUGAGAGAAUCGAUCUUAACCUGAGUCAUCUGAAUCUAUCUUUCAAUGGCUUUAGCUACGAGAUAUCUCCAAGUCUCGUGUUUUCUGAGAAGCUUGUGAUGCUUGACUUGAGCCACAACGGGUUUUCAGGUCGUCUCCCUAGUCGAAUCUCCGAAACAACUGAGAGAUUGGGUCUGAUUCUUCUUGACCUCUCUCACAAUAGGUUCUCUGGUGUUAUACCGUUGAGGAUCACCGAGUUAACGAGCUUACAAGCAUUGCGUCUCUCUCACAAUCUGUUAACCGGAGAUAUCCCGGCGAGAAUCGGGAAUCUGACUGAUCUCCAGGUGAUUGAUCUCUCACACAACGCGUUAACCGGACCAAUCCCUCUCAACAUUGUUGGUUGCUUUCAGUUGCUUGCUCUAGUCAUCAGCAACAACAAUCUCUCCGGCGAGAUACAACCCGAGCUUGAUGCUUUAGACAGUUUGAAGAUACUUGACAUAAGCAACAACAAGAUAUCCGGCGAGAUCCCGCUUACUCUAGCCGGCCUAAAGUCGCUCGAGAUUGUUGAUAUCAGUUCCAAUAACCUCUCAGGAAACCUUAAUGAAGCCAUUACCAAAUGGUCUAACCUCAAGUAUCUCUCUCUCGCCAGGAACAAGUUCGGUGGAACUCUUCCUUCUUGGUUGUUCAAAUUCGACAAGAUCCAAAUGAUAGACUACUCCAGCAACAGAUUCUCUUGGUUCAUACCGGGGGAUAACUUGAACAGCACGCGGUUCAAGAACUUUCAAACCGAUGGAUCCGCAGAGACACCGGGGAAAGUAGAGAUCAAGAUAUCAGCAAAUGUGGUUGCUAAAGAUGAGCUAAGCUUCAGCUACAGUCAAGUCACUGGAAACAUCUCAGCUCCUCCAGGACUUACUCUUCUGAAUCUAUCUCACAACUGUUUCUCUGGAAUCAUCACUGAGAAAGAAGGGCUUGGAAAGUUUCCAGGAGCUUUAGCCGGAAAUCCGGAAGUCUGUGUUGAAUCUUCCGGGAUUAAGUGUGAUCCUGCAAACAUCGAUGCAUCACAAGAGGAGAUAUAUCAGAACGAAUUGGUGGAAGGAUCGAUAUCGAUCUGGAUAUUCUGCUUAAGUGCGUUUAUUAGCUUUGAUUUUGGAGUUUUGGCUAUCUUCUGCUCAGCUUGUGCUCGGAGUUAUAUCCUUCAGACUAAAGAACGUGCCCUAUAA